GGCGGCGAGCCGCAGGCGGCGGCAGGCGGCCCCGCGGCGGCAGCGCCCGCGGGGGCGGGAGGUCCACGCGCAGGCAGCGCCGCAGGACGGCCCCCGGGCGGCGACGCAGCAGGAGUGGCGCGAGAGGUGCUCGGGGGUCGCCGACGGCGCCGUCACCUUCGACGUCUGCGUGCCGAAGCCGCUGGGCGUGGAGCUGCGCGACUUUCCGAACCGCCCAGGGGUUGGCAUCGCGGCUGUCAAGGACGAGGGGGGCGCCAUGACGGUGAACCAGGACGUGCUGACCAAGGACGGCGAGGGCAUGUGGAUACUGGAGGGCGACGAGGUCGGCAGGCCAGCAAAUAGAAGGGAACAAAAAGUGACAUGAACAUGAAAAACUUCGGAGGUCCGCGCGGAUUCCUCGGAUCGGCGCUGGUGCCCCCCUCCCUGGCGCGCGGAGCGCGCCAAGGGCGGCGCCGGAGGCGCCGCCAGGGGGGUCCAGCGCCGACCCGAGAAAUCCGCACGGACCUCCGAGCUGUUAUGUUUAUGACACAUGUUGUUCCCCUACAAUAACUCGAAUAUGAACUCUCGGGUGUCACCGGACGGUUUCUCUGCCGGCGCCGGGGCGUGUCCCCGUCCCUCAGCGGGCUCCGCGCGCCGUCGAGUGGUUCUUGCUGUGGAGGGGACCCCGUGCGAGGGCGAUCUGGACAAGGUGGUUGAAUUGGUCAUGGGCUCCCCGGGCGACAAGGUCACGAUCACCCUGUGCAGAAACUACCUGAGAUCCCCGAAGGGUCCCAUCAAAGUAGUGUUCCGGCCAAGCGGCGGCAUGGCCACCGUCGGUCGUGGCAACAAUUUCACCGACAUUGCCAGUUCCGUGCAAGAGGACGUCAACUACAGCUGCCAGGAGGGCUGGUGCGGUUCAUGCUGGCACAGGGAAGUGGCCACAGGCAAAGUGGUCAGGAUGUGCACGGAUGAGGUCCCUGGGGUCUGGGACAACGUGAUGCCCAUGACCCUGGUUGCCGCGCCAGAGACGAACCGCAAGGAAUAGGAAGGUAUCGGUAUUGAUGCGGA